CGGAGAGGAGGAGAUGGGCAGAAGCUGAACAUGGCGGAUGGCGACAGCGGGAGCGAGCGCGGCGGCGGCUUCCAGCACUUCCAGCGGGACCAGGAGACCCAGGAGCUGGCCUCCAAGCGCCUCGACAUCCAGAACAAGCGCUUCUACCUGGACGUCAAGCAGAACAGCAAGGGCCGCUUCAUCAAGAUCGCCGAGGUCGGGGCCGGAGGCUCCAAGAGUCGGCUGACCCUGUCGCUGUCAGUGGCCGCCGAGGUGCGAGACUACCUCGGGGACUUCAUCGAGCACUACGCCCAGCUGGGGCCCAGCAGCCCCGAGCAGAUCGCGCAGGCCUCCGCCGGCGAGGACGGCGCUCCGCGGCGAGCCCUCAAGAGCGAGUUUCUGGUCCGCGAGAACCGCAAGUACUACCUGGACCUGAAGGAGAACCAGCGGGGGAGGUUCCUGCGGAUCCGGCAGACCGUCAACCGGGGGCCCGGCUUCGGCAUGGGCAUGGGCAUGGGCACGGGCACGGGCGGCCCGCCGGGCGGCGCGCUGGCCGGCCAGACCAUCGCCCUUCCGGCCCAGGGCCUGAUCGAGUUCCGAGACGCCCUGGCCAAGCUCAUCGACGACUACGGCGGCGGCGGCGACGACGACGAGCUGGCCGGCGGCGGCGGCGGUCCCGGCGGGGGCCUGGCGGCCGGGGGCUACGCCGACCUCCCCGAGGGCACCUCCAUCAUGGUGGACUCCAAGCGCUUCUUCUUCGACGUGGGCUCCAACAAGUACGGCGUGUUCCUUCGCGUCAGCGAGGUGAAGCCCAGCUACCGGAACUCCAUCACGGUGCCGCUCAAGGCCUGGGCCAAGUUCGGCGGCGCCUUCAGCCGCUACGCCGACGAGAUGAAGGAGCUCCAGGAGAGGCACCGGGACAAGAUGGACGAGAGGAGGGACGAGUCCGAGGAGGGCGACGACGUGGACGACGACUGAGCGCGAGGUCGUACGGGAGCGCGCCCGCGCGCGUACGCAAGAAAACAAGUUAAGAGUCGGCGAGGGUCCAUCAUGGGGUCGGGGGGACAGGGGG